AAGCAACUAUUUAAAAACCCAAUCAAACAUCAAAAUUCUCACAAUCCACUUCGUUCUCUUUCUUCCUUCUCUGUUCUCUCUAGUCCUUGUUCGCUCUAAAGUCCUUAAACCUCUCUUAAAAUUAUUAAAUUACAUAUAUAUGUGUUUGAACUCUUUCAUGGAACUCCUUCCAGGUCUUCCCAACCACGUCACUCUCGAAUGUCUUAUUCGCAUACCGUUCGAUCAAUUCCCCGUGGCUGCCUCCUUAUGCAGAGGUUGGAAAGCCGAGAUUGAGCUGCCGGAGUUUCGCCACCACCGGAAGACAGCUGGCUUGGCCCGAUCACUCAUCGUGGUGUCGCAAGCACGGGUCGACCCAACCCAAAAUCUGCGUGCUGCUAAGCUUUCCGCUCCGCCCUUGUAUCGCCUCGCACUUCGUGAGCUGGAAACUGGUUAUUGGUCCGACCUGCCACCCGUGCCGGGGUUUUCCGAUGGGUUGCCGAUGUUUUGCCACCUUGUGGGAGUUGGACCGGAGCUGGUAUUGAUAGGCGGGUGUGACCCGGUGACUUGGCAGGUAUCGGAUCCAGUGUUUAUUUACAACUUUGUUUCUGGCAUCUGGCGGCAUGGGACAGAUAUGCCAGGUGGCGGAAGAUUAUUCUUUGGAUCUGCCUCGGAUUUUGAUCGGAUGGUGUAUGUUGCAGGUGGUCAUGAUAAAAAGAAAAAUGCACUGAAAUCUGCCUUGUCAUAUGACGUGGCUAAAGAUGAGUGGAUCAAGCUUCUUGACAUGAAAAAAGAGCGAGACGGGUGUAGGGGAGAAAUGAUAGAGAGCUCUAAAUAUAGAGUUUUAAUUUGAGCUCUAAUGAUGUGUCAAAGUAAAAAAAAAAGAAAAAACACAAAAUAAGACAUAAACAUCACAUUAGGAUGGGACUCACCUUCCUAUUAGAGCUAUUAGAACUCCUAUAUAGAGCUCUAAAGCAUUUUUGAGUGUAAGCGUGUGUUCUUCGAUGGCAAGUUCCACGUCAUCAGUGGAUACCCUACAAGGUCAUUUGGAAAGAAGAAAAGGUAGAGGUUAUUAAAUUUUUUUUAUAAAAAUGAUCAUAAAAAAUUUAUGAUUUUUAGAUUAAUUUAAUUAAUGUGUGAUACUUUAUUUUAAGUGUAAUUUAAGGAUCAUAAAAGUUUUAUGAUAAUUUUUAUGAAAGAUUUUUCAUGAUACCUAAUAUUGUUGUUUUGAAAAUGGUAUUGAAGUAUUUGAUAUUACAACUUGGCAAUGGGACCGGAUCGAAAAUGACUUCUUAAAAGAUGCCAUUUGUCCACGGACAUGUGUCGACGGUGGCGAUUCAGGAUUAUACAUGUGUCAUGAAGGUAAUGUGAUGACUCGUAUGGAAACUACUUGGCGAGUCUUAGCUAGACUAUCAGCUGAGGUGUGCAAUGUGGCUUACAUGACAGUAUGGCAAACCAAGUUGUUAGUGUUUUGUUCUUCUGAAUUAGGUGAACCCCACAAAGUUUAUGAGAUGGAUUUAUGUUGUGUUUGGUUGGAGGAUUUGAGAAUGGAUUUGGAAAGGGAAAUAAAAAAAAUAAGUGAAAUGUGAAUAAAACAUGUCUAAAUUUCACCUAAUUUCACACAUUUUUUUCUUUUUUCUUUCUAAAUCCCUAUCUAAAUCCCCCAACCAAACACAGUAUUAAAGAAUUAUACGUGGACAAAAAUUAGAGCACCACAUGAAUACUCAAUCCUUGUCCAGUUUGGUGGUUGUUUGGAGAUUUAAAUUAACUUCUCAAAUGAAACCUCAAAUCAUACAAUUUUUUUAAUCAAGUUUUUUUAAUGAUAUAAUUGAUCAAUGGAAACCAAAUCUAAUGUAGUGAGCAACUGAGUAUGCAAAUGGAUGUUUAGUGGGUUAAACCAUUGGUCAAAUGACAAUUUGGACAUUUUUAAUUUGUGUGUUAAUUGAUUCAUGUUAUAUUUAUGUUGUCAUAUACUGUGAUGAUUUAAUGGGUGAGAUA